UAGUUGUUGUGUUGUUGUUGCACCACAGCUGCUGUCAUGUGAUAGCCUGUCUGAGCAAGCUGCUGUGAUCAGUAGCUUUUUUACCUUUGUCCGGGAGUAAAUUAAAAGCAGGCAGGCGAGCAGCUUUAUGUUCGUUGCGGAAGAACCACACGGCUCUUUUGUGAAGGAGAGCAGGGAAGCCGGGGUUGUGUAGUUUGACCCCUCGGACGCAGCCAUGGGGUGCUGUUACAGUGGCGAGGACGGCAACUCCAGAGAGAAGCUUGAGGAGACUGACCCACUGAUCCCCCAUCCGAACCCUGUGAGCAAACCUCCAAAUGGAACAGAGUGGCCCACCCCCGGUGUCCCCUCUCCACCAACUGAUGGACAAGCCCUCCUUACAUCCAUCUUGACAAAGACUGCGCAGAACAUAAUUGAUGUCUCAGCAGCUGACUCUGUCGUAAUGGAGCAACAUGAGAUCAUGGACAAAGCUAGGCAGUACAGUACAAAACUGGCUAUGUUGAGCACCAGCUUGCCUCAGAAGAAAGCCCUCACUCUUCCCUCCCUAACUAGCCAGCCCCACCAAGUGCUUGCAAGUGACCUGGUGCCAUACUCAGAUGUUCAGCAGGUAUCCAAGAUAGCAGCUUACGCUUACAGUGCAAUCUCUCAAAUCAAAGUGGAUGCUAAAGAGGAACUGGUCGUCCAGUUUGCCAUUCCUUGACUGUCCCCUGCAUAUUGUUCCUCCCGCCCCACUCGCUCUGUGCCACUCCUGCUUCAUCGUACUCCAGCCCACCUUUUUUUUUUAUGUUAUUAAAGCAUUUUGGUCGUCCUGCGUUUUAGGUCUGCCACGAACUUUUGUGAAGACAGGAAGUGAAUCACCUCCCACCAGAAAAAAAACAACUGUCUUUUAGUAAAACUCUGGAGCGUUAUUGGCAGUGGGUUUUGAGUUUGUGAGCGAUGUGCAUGAUCACUUCAGCGAGGCCUCCUCAGUGUGUAACACAUGCAUUAGGGUUUGUCCAAAAGAUGUAAAAUAAAUCAAUAUUCAUAAUAUUUUAGGUUUUCAGGGUCCUUUCAGUGUCUUUUGACUUUAUUUUUAUAUGGGCACACUGUAGUCACACCAUGUUAUCAAAUGAGACAGCUGCAGGAUGUUUGGCUCAUGGUUCACACCCUGGCUAUGAUUGAUAAGUCAUAUUGUGUGAGACAUUUUACAUAUUUACAGUGCAGUGGAUGUGAUUGACAGUCGUAGUUUUUUACUUGCAAAGACCUUCGGACAUGGCUUCAUAUUUGUACAUGAUAUAAGUUUAAAACUAAAGUAUUUUUCAGUUAGUUUUCUCUAAAAAGU